AUGAAUGGUUUAAGCUUCAGCGAAUUAUGCUGUUUAUUUUGUUGUCCUCCUUGCCCAGGAAAAAUAGCGUCGAAGUUAGCUUUUUUACCUCCUGAAGCAAGUUACGAUCUGAAACCAGAAGCCGAUAGCAACAACAGUAAAUUUAUUCUAACGUUAUACGAUAAAGCCGAUUGGCAGUACACCGAUCGAGAAAAAGAAUGUUUCGAAGUGUUUUAUGCACGAUCUUCACGUGGAAACAAAAUUGCUUGUUUAUUCGUCAAAUGUAGCGUGAACGCUCGAUUUACUCUGCUUUUCUCGCACGGGAAUGCGGUUGAUCUUGGACAGAUGACAACGUUUUUUAUCGGCUUAGGCCAACGGAUCAACUGUAACAUCUUCAGCUACGAUUAUUCAGGAUAUGGUCAAAGUUCUGGCAAACCCACAGAGAAAAAUCUUUACGCAGAUAUUGAUGCUGCAUGGCAAGCUUUGCGAACACGGUACGGAAUAAGUCCUGAGAAUAUUAUCCUUUACGGACAAAGCAUAGGCACGGUUCCGACAGUGGAUCUUGCCAGCCGAUAUGAAGUCGGUGCGGUAAUUCUGCAUUCACCACUAAUGUCUGGGAUGCGAGUUGCAUUUCCUGCUACAAAGCGCACAUGGUUUUUCGAUGCGUUUCCAAGUAUCGACAAAGUACCGAAAGUUACAUCACCAGUAUUGGUUAUUCAUGGUACAGAAGAUGAAGUGAUAGAUUUUUCACACGGGAUGACAAUCUACGAAAAAUGUCCUCGAGCAGUAGAGCCGCUGUGGGUGGAAGGAGCUGGUCAUAAUGAUGUAGAAAUGUAUAGUCAAUAUCUCGAGCGUCUGAAACAGUUUGUUUCAGUUGAGCUCGUCAACUGA